GUUCUGCUUUCUGCUGUACUGUAGAUUCACAGGCAGUAAAUAACGCCCAAGGAUCAAGGAUACUAGUAGUAUUAUUGGCCUCUCGUCCCAAUAAUUUGGACAAAAGAAGACUCUUUUGUCCGAUAUUUUGAGCGAAUAAAGUCCCUGGACUGCCUAAUUAGGUGGCAAGACGUUACCCAUAAGAUCCGCUCCGUGGUUCUAUGGUGAAUUCAGUUCAAAGGUGUCCGAUGUGCAGUUAACGUUGGGUAGCCUGUGACACAAUUCAAUUAACACUGCUCAAGUUCGUCACCGGUUAUUACACCAUUGCUCAAAGAUAUUUAGGAAGGUUCCAAAGGACGGUCACAAAAUUGUCUACUCCGCAGCACGUGAUGAGUAAAUAUGUACGUUUCCACACUUAGCUAUUUCGGCCUCACAUUUUCUCAUACUCUAGCUACAACCGGUGUGCCGCUGUACGACUGUACCAGGUCGAAGAGAGCCUGCUUUCGGAUGUUGGGAGACCGCUUCCAGAUAGCUAGCUAUGCGUAGCUCUACUCCAAGAUAGUUGCUAGCUAGUAUCAUAGCCAGAGUAGACUCGAGUAGGGAGAGUACCAGAGGGCGUCUUUUAGCUCACCAAACUUUUGUUGCCAGUUUUUCCGAAGCUCUUCUGGUUUUACUGUGUACAUCACUGGACAAGGACGCAGCCAGUAGCAAAGCAGAACAGUGCCAUAAAAUCUGUUUUGCUUGGUUGUGUCAACCCACACCAACCAUAAUCAACCAUCCACCAAUCGUUUCUCUCAUUUUUUGGGUGGAAAAAGCCGUGACCACCCAAAUCCUCUCCAGAUUACGAUCAGGAGCCUUUUGCGCCAGGAGUCUUUUGCGCCAGGAUUCUUUUGAACUGGUACGGGGAAAAUUCUUGGAUACCCUUCAAAGCUCACAAUUUGCUCCUAGCUAGCUAUUAAUAGCUACCCUUGCUACCCAACCCAGCCUUAUCUACCUUAUCUACCUACCCACUUACCAACCAAGCAGAGCUACCCCUACCACACUACCACUACCAUGUGUCCCACUGCCCCCACCAAAGCCUUGUCUACCGCCAGCAAGGAUUCCAGCACUGGCACUCCUUGUUCUGGUUCGGCUGUUGCGGUGGAAUACUCGCAGUAUCCUCCCGAUUGGCCAUCGCCCAAGGGUACCAUUGAUUUGGAACGUCACGAUUUGCCCCAUUUCUCCUCGUCCUUGGAAUGGUGGUACCUCAAUGCCCAUCUCGAUGUGGCCGAUGUCAAAACGAAGAAAAAGAAGAAAAGCAAAAAGGGUAGCAAUGACGAGCAUGACAAUGACAGUGAUGAGCAGCAUCCCGGUUUUGCCCUUUUCGCCACCUUUUUCCGCAAGAUUAUCUACUACGAUGAAGAUACCAAGGAGUACGUUUAUGCGCAUGUGUGUUCCUGGGCCGUGAUGGACCUAAAGACGGAAAAGUACUACAAUGUGUCCUUGGUCGAUAAAAGGACGCCGGAACUGCUAUUGAAAGCAUUGGAACUCAAUCCGGACAUGAUCCAAGACACACGCCUUCGCAGAGCCACGGUGGAAAUGCUGCUAAAGGGUAACAUUGCCUAUCCCGAUCGAUUGUUGAAACGAGAUCCUCUCAUUUUGGGCAAAAACUUGACCCGUCUUCCUGAUAUUGGUGUGGAAGGAAGUCCCACGCCCUGGAUUCCCACGCGCAAUGAUGAAGCAGACGAAGAAGAAGAGGACGACAAGACCCAGAAGAAAUCUGCCAACAAGAAUUCCACCAAGAACAAGAAAAGCAGUUGUUGCUGCUUUGGCAAAAACAUUGCCAACUCCAUUGCUGGAGUUCCUCGCCUGACACUGGACUAUGACGGCAAUACGUUUUCUCGCAACUCGGAUGGUUCGUACAAUCUCUUUUUGGAAGACAAGGAUGUGCAUCACGUCAAGGUCGACAUACGCUUUGUGCCACAGACGGAUCCCAUUCGCAAUGGAAUUGAUGGUGUGGUGGAUGGGGAAGGCAACGUGGAAGACAUGUUUUACUACAUGUUGCCCCAUUGCAAGGUCCAAGGAACGGUCGUCAUUCCCGAUGAAGAUGACAAGGAAAGCAAGUUGACCAAGAAUCAAUUCUUUGUCAUCGAUGACAAGACCGGUGAAAAGACUUCACCAUCCGUAGUCAAGACACACACUCACAAGGUCACCGGAACGGGUUGGUACGAUCACGAGUUUGGUCGCAACAAAAAGACGGCUACGGGUGACGAGGACGCAGAUGAUGAGCCCGUCUUUGAUGGAUCCGUCGUGGAAGUCCAAAAAAUGUCGGUCAAGCACAAGAAAGAAAUCAACCUCAAUCCGUUCAAGGAUUCCUCUUGGAACUGGCUCAGCUUGCAAUUUGACAAUGGAUACCAGCUCUGUUGUUCCGAAUUCUUUAUCCACAGCAGCAUGGACCAUGACCAACGUGCCAACGACACGGCAAAGUCCAUGAUUGCAUUGGUCGAUCCAGACGGACAACGCCACAAGAUUGAUGCCGGUGACUUCACCUUUUCUGCCACCGGUCAAGAGUGGGUCAGCAUGAGAACGUUCCGCGGAUAUCCCGUCAAUUGGGAACUCACUGUGCCAUCCAUGAAUAUCCAAUUGCAACUCAAGGCGACAUUUGCACAGCAAGAGUUUGCCACCGUCAUUUCCAAGCCCGCCUUUUGGGAAGGAUGCAUCCGUGCCACCGGUGUCUUUCACGGCAAGCCCGUGGCCGGCAAGGGAUUUGUCGAACGCAACGGCUUUUGUUCCCCCAAAACACUCACAUUGGAACACUUUUUCAAAAAUGUCAGUCGAGAAACACUCAAAUCAGUGCAAAACAUUCUCCCCUUUAACCCAUCCAGUGACAAGUUUUCCGAGUUGGUCUCCCAUAAAAAGAAUGCCCACUACACGGAAUUCAUUGACAACCAACAGUUCUCCAAAGCCAUGGUGGAACCCAUUCGUUGCAUUUUGGAUCGGGGUGGCAAGUCGUGGCGGUCUUAUGCCGCAUUGGCAUGCUGCGAUAUGGUGGGCGGUAAUAGUCAAUUGGUGUCCAAUUGGCUGGCAUUGCCGGAAUUGAUGCAUGUUGGCUCGUUGAUUGUCGAUGAUGUUGAAGACCGAUCGGACAUUCGACGUGGUGGGCCCUGUUCGCAUAUCAUGUAUGGUGAAGAUGUCGCCAUCAAUGCUGGUUCCUUUUGCUACUUUUUGGGACAAACAUGUGUGUAUCAAGCCGAUGGAGCCAGUCUCCAACAAAAGAAUGAUGUGUACAAUCUGUACUUUGAAGCCAUGCGUGCGGCGCACUGUGGUCAAGCCAUGGACAUUCACGGUUUGGAUUACAUGAUGCCGGAUGUGGUGGAAAAUGGUGGCGACUUGUGUCGUCAACGUGUCAUUGCCAUUCAUCGUCUCAAAUCCGCUGUCCCUGCCAGUUCUUUGGCGGGCAUGGGCUGUACACUGGGUGGUGGAAGUGAGCUGCAAUCCAAAGGACUUGCGGACUACUUUGAGGCAUUGGGAAUUGCCUUUCAGAUUGUCGAUGAUGUGCUCAAUUUGAAGGGAUUCCGUGAUGGUCUCAAGACCAUGGGAGAAGAUAUCACUGCCGGCAAGGUGACAUACCCAAUUGCCAAAGCCAUGAGCCGUUUGGAAAAGGAAGACCGGGCCAAGUUGUGGGAGAUUGUGUCUUCUAGACCCGAGGAUACGGAGACGAUUGGCGAGGCUGUUGCUCUCAUUGACAAAGUGGACGGCAUUGAUGACAGCUACAAAGAGGCAAAGGACAUUAUGGAAGAAGCAUGGCACAAGCUUGAUCCAUUAGUUGUCGAUUCCAUGACCAAGGUGAACCUUCGAGCCUUCAGCUGGUACGUCUUGGACAGGACCUAUUAGGCCGUUUGCUGCUCAGAAAGGAAAGAGGCAGGCAGGAUGGGGGCUUGGGACUCCCCCCGUAUUCUUCCUAAGUCCAUCGUGAAGACACCUGUUGGUUGAGGUGCUCAAAAAGUUUUGCAUUUUAAGUCUAAGAGACCAUAUUUAUUUUG